CAGCUCGAGGCGGAAGACUCACCGAGAGCGCGAGCGCGUCGCUGUGAUUCCCUUCCAGCUUCGCGACCCUCCUGAACUUCUCCUUUUUUCCUCCUCCUGUCUGCGCGGCACUCGGUGCUCCCCGGGCUGCCCAGAAGAACGGGCACAGCGCCAUGGUAACUCUCAGCAAGUUUGACUCCGCGAUGAGCAGCAGCCUCUUGGACUCCAGCAUGCGGUUUCCUCAGCGCUACAAGACGUUCGCCUCCAAGGCCCAGUACCAGAUGGUCCUCGCCACCCUCCACAAGCUCCAGGAGAGCGGCUUCUACUGGGCCGCCAUCACCGGCAAGGACGCCAACGCCAUGCUGGCGGACGAGACCAUCGGCACGUUCCUCGUCCGGGACAGCUCCGACAACCGGCACCUGUUCGCCCUCAGCGUCAAGACGGCGUCGGGCACCAAGAACCUGCGCAUCCAAUGUGACGCCUCGUCCUUCUACCUGCAGACGGACCCCAAGAACAUUCACUCCGUGCCCCACUUUGACUGCGUCCUCAAGCUGGUCCAUUUUUACAUGCCUCAGAGUAAAGUGAACUCUCGCGGUGGGAAUAUGUACUUCAUUUACUCCGGAGGGGAGAAGAUCCCCCUGGAACUCGUCAAACCUCUGUCCGAUAGCCUAUCCACCUUGCAGCACUUGUGCCGGAAAACAGUCAAUGGACAUUUGGACAUUUCUGCUAAAAGAGACCAACUUCCUCAUCCUCUUCGGGAGUUCCUUCAAGACUAUGACGCUCCCAUCUAGACCGUGUAGGACUGAUGCUCUCGAAGGGGCAAAGAUUAAACGGCUAACGGCUAGGUGCGGCUAACGUUCAAAGACACACACGGUGUCCAUGGAAGCAGGUCCAUGUUCCAGAAAGAGACACUGGAUUGGGGGACUAACCGACGAGCGGGGGGAGGGGGCGCCAAGAGAAAGAGGGCACAGCUGUAAUCUGGCGGUGUGAAACGAGAGACGUCCUCCUCUGCCUCACUGAUGACAUUCAGCUUACCGAAAGCUGAAGUGAGACUCCCAGUCAGCUGUCUACGGUCUGAUGACACACAACUUCCUCCCCCCCCCUCCUCCUCCCUGCUGCUGCGAACCAAGUGCGCUGUGAGGCUCGUCGGGAUCACAUGCAACGGCCUCAUGGAAUCCGCCGUCCAUUUAAGCCGGUCUGGUUUUUAAAAAAAAUGCUGAUAAUCUUAAACGUUUUGCAGACGUCAUUCCAGCAUCCUGGAAUCUCCGACCACUCAGGAGAUUCACAGACAACGGAAACUUAAGAGAGCCGACCGGUGGACACGGAUGGGCUGCAGGGUGCAUAGAAAAAACAUUGAAAAACAUAUCAGACUUUUACAAGACAUUUUAAGAGGAGAAAAUAUUGAAAGAAGACGCCAAACUAGACAAGAACUAGAACUAGCAGCUUGUUGAAACAACGACAUGACUGAAUCCCAUGGGAUCUUACUUGAGACAACAGUACCACUUCUUAAUAUGCCUUCAGUAGCGAAGAGAUGGAUAUCGACAUGCCAAAAGAUGUGUUUGGUAUUAGUAGCACAAACAGAAUUGCCAUCAUUUGCAAAUGAAUGUAUCAAACAUGGUAUGUGACUUUUUCUAAUAGGGGGUAGAGUUUAAAUGGAUGAAGACUGUUUUCGGUGUCUUUUAUAAAGAUUUACCUUUGUUUGCCAAACCACUGGCUGUAAAUGCGUGAAGAGAUGUGUGUGACAAAGCAAACAGACUGAUACGACUUUGCACUUAUUUAUAUUUGUAUGAACAUUUCAUUAAUUUAUAAUAAAAAGGACAUAUUUUUCUAUGAAA